CAGACGUACGUAAUAACUCUCUUCGCAGCUUUAAAUGGACUGAACAGCUUAUGCAGAUGCUACCAGAAACAUCUAAUGAUUCUUAUCUGUAUUAGAGACCUUUAGUUUUUCCUUAUUUGGCAAAAAAGAAAAAAAGAAAAGAAAAGAGGCAUGAAUUGUGCAAAGGGAAAGCAAUGCAGAAUAGUGGUGUUUCCUCUUCCAUUUCAAGGGCACAUAAACCCCAUGCUUCAGCUAGCCAGCAUCCUCCACUCCAGAGGCUUCCUCAUCUCCGUGGUCCACACCCUCUACAAUUCCCCCGAUCCAUCCAAACACCCCCACUUCGCCUUCCACCCCAUCUCUGACGGCUUGUCGGAAUCCCCAGAUUCCGCCCCCGACCCUGUCCGAAUCAUCAAGCUCAUCAACCUCAACUGCCUGCAACCUUUCCGCCAAUGUCUCCACGCCUUGCUGUCGCACGGCGACGUCAAGUGCUUGAUCUCCGACGCUAAUUGGUAUUUCACGAGCUCCGUCGUCGAUGCUCUCAGCCUUCCCAGGAUUGUGAUGAGGACGAGCAGCGUAGGCGCUUUCUUGGCCUUCGCCGCUCUUUCUCUUCUCAGAGCAAAGGGAUAUCUCUUGGAUAGAGAUUCGAAAAUGGAGGAGCCGGUAGAGGAGGUGCCGCCACUGAAGGUGAAGGACAUGCCGGCUAUAGAAAUGUACGACGCUGAAGAUGCUUACAAGAACAUAGCCAAAAUGGUGGAAGAAACGAAGAAAGCUUCGGCCUUGAUUUUCAACACAUUCGAAGAGUUCGAGCUUCCGGAAAUCCGGCGGCUGCACGAACAGUUUGCGUCCCCAACCUUCGCGAUCCCAUUCCACAAGUGCUUCUCGGCGGCAUCGAGCAGCUUACUCGCCCAGGAUAGGAGCUCCAUUUCCUGGCUAGACAACCAGCCGCCGAAAUCCGUGCUCUACGUCAGCUUCGGCAGCGUCGCCGCCAUGGACACCGGGAAGCUGCGCGAGGUGGCAUGGGGUUUGGCCGACAGCGGGCACCGAUUCUUGUGGGCGGUCCGGCCCGGUCUGGUCCACAGUUCAGAGUGGCUCGAGAUGCUGCCAAGUGGAUUCUCCGAGGCGACCAGUGGGAGAGGAAUCAUUAUAAAGUGGGCCCCGCAGCAGGAGGUUCUCUCCCAUCCAUCCGUAGGGGGAUUCUGGACGCACAAUGGAUGGAACUCGACUCUCGAAAGCAUCUGCGAGGGCGUGCCGAUGAUCUGCUCGCCCUUCUUCGGGGAUCAGCUGGUGAAUGCGAGGUAUGUGAGCGAUGUUUGGAGAGUUGGGAUCAAUUUGGAAGGGGGUUUGGAGAGGGGAGGGAUUCAAGAGGCUAUUACGAAAUUGAUGGAUGAAAAAGAAGGCGAGGAGAUGAGGAAGAGAGCUAUGAUGAUGAAGGAGAAGAUAGAUGUUGGAUUGAAGAUGGGGGGCUCCUCUUGCAGUGCGCUUGAUGAAUUGAUCGAUUUCAUCUCUUCGUUUCAAAGAGUUGCUGGUUGAAUUUAGUGAUUUGAUUGUCUAGUAUUUGGUGCUUAAGAAAAUAAAAUUCGAUUAAUGAAUUUGGACGAGAUCAAUAAAGUAUUAUGUGCAUGUUUUUGUUUA